ACAUGGGCAGACCCAGGAAAGGGACACUGGCGGUGUCGUUCUAAAUAAAGGCACGGUUCCCCACGCGCCAAUAUAUUAGAAUGUUCCGCGGAGAAGGGGCUCAAAGUUCUGCCUGAGACACCGCAAGCUGUCAGCGCACUGUAUCAUUAUUAUGGACCCGAUUAGAAUGCUUGGCUCGGAAAAAUAGUGGGUGCCUAGUGCAGUGGGGAAGCCGAGGAGGAUCCCAGGUGCCUCUAUAUAUAGUCUCGCCCGCUCCUAUCUUCCUCGAUCUCUCGCUCUCUGCGACAACCAUGAAGGCUCUGCUCCUGCUGCUCUUGCUCCUAUGGCAAGCGGCGGCUUCGUCUGACCUCGCUGAAGCCUUUCGCAAAGCCGGGCACAGCCUGGCUACGCUCGGCGACGCACACAGGAUACCCUCGGGCGGCUCGAGAGAUACAUUGGGCUAUGAGACGCGCGACGCCCGGCCGUCGCGAAGGAGACACUUCAACUCGCGGCACAGACUCCACAAUCGACAGACGAAUGCGACAGCCACCAGCGCGACGCUGGCGAAUGGAUCGGGCAGCUGGCACGCCGCCUUUGUGCGUGCCAAGUCGCUCGUGGGCCAAAUGACGCUGGACGAAAAGGCAAACAUCACCACGGGCACAGGCGACACUGUGUGUGUGGGCGGCACGGGUGCAGUGCCGCGUCUCGGCCUGCCGGCGCUGUGUCUGCAGGACGGCCCCACGGGUGUCCGGUCCUCGCUCAACGUGUCCCAGUUCCCCGCCGAGGUCAGCGCGGCGGCCACGUGGGACGUCGAGCUGAUCGCUGAGCGAGGCCGUGCGAUCGGACAGGAGUUCCUCGACCGCGGUGCUGCAUUCAUGUUUGGGCCCGUCACGGGCGGUCCGCUGGGACGCUCGCCGCUCGGCGGUCGCAACUGGGAGGGAUUCGGGUCGGACGAGUACCUUUCGGGCCAGGCGAGCUAUGCCUCGGUUCGUGCCAGCCAGGAGACGGGCAUCGUCGCCUGCUCAAAGCACUGGCUGGCCUACGAGCAGGAGACCUCUCGCAACAUCCAUCUCAUCUUUGGCAAUCUCCAGCAGCCCAUCUCGUCGGACGUGGACGAUCUGGCCACGCACCAGCUCUAUGCCUGGUCGUUUGCCGAGGCAGUGCGCGCGGGGACCGGCAUGGUCAUGUGCUCGUACAACCGUGUCAACGGCAGCCAUGCCUGCGAGUCCGACCGCCUGCUCAAUGGCCUGCUCAAGCACGAGCUCAACUUCCAGGGGAGCGUCGUGAGCGACUAUGGGGCCGCCUACUCGGGCGUGGACAGCGUCAACGGCGGCCUCGAUCUGCUCAUGCCGGGAGCAGGCCUGUUCGGCGUCUUUCCCAAUUACUUUGGCUCGCACGGCAGCAAGCUGGCCGACGCAGUGCGCGACGGCAAGGUCGCCGAGGCGCGGCUGGACGACAUGGUCAUCCGCAUCCUGACGCCAGUCCUGCACUACCAGCUGCACGAUACUGGCAACGUAGACGAGAUCAAGCAGCCCAACUUCGACGCCAACACUUUUCCCUCGGACGCGCCCGAUGUGCAGCGCGACCACUACAAGGUCAUCCGGAGGCUGGGAACAGAGAGCGUGACGCUGCUCAAGAAUUCAAACAACACCCUGCCUCUGCAGGUCAAUCGCAUCAGCAAGCUCGCCGUGAUCGGACAGGACGCCGUUGCGUCGUCGGAUGACCAGGCCUCGUGCAACGCCCUUGGAUCCUGCCUGGUGUCCGAUCAGGGCACGCGGACCAACGGAGAAGGCUCGGGCUUCACGACGCCACCCUACGUCAUCGACCCGCUGUCGGCUAUCCGUGCCUACACGCUCGAGCACAACCCGCGCAUCAAGAUCACGAGCAGCCCGCAGACGCUGUUCUCGACCGACCCCGCCAAGGCAGCCGAGGACGCCGACGUGGCGCUCGUCUUUGUGUCGGCGCUGGGCCAGGAGGGGCAAGACCGCAGCGACCUCAAGCUGGACCGCAACGGCGACGAGCUCAUCAAGAGGGUCGCCAAGGUCAACAACAACACCGUCGUCGUGGUGCAUGCCCCCGGGCCUGUGCUGAUGGAAGAGUGGAUCGACAGCGUCGCAGCAGUGCUGUUCGCCUACUACCCGGGCCAGGAGAGCGGCGCAAGCCUGACGCCUGUGCUCUUUGGAGACGAGUCGCCGUCGGGAAAGCUCCCAUUUGUGAUUGGCAAGUCGCUAGAUGACUGGCCACCAAAUACAAUCGUCAACCGGCCGUUCGACUACACCCCCUCGGCCAACUUCUCUGAAGGGCUGCUGACCGACUGGAAGUGGUUUGAUGCGCACGGCAUCGAGCCCCGCUUCGCGUUUGGGCACGGCUUGUCGUACAGCGCCUUCCACUACAGCCCCGUUGCGCAGGCUGCGCGCGUAUUUGAGGCCGAUGACGGCUCGCUCCAGCCCACAAAGGAGACAUUCGCAAAGUCGGGCCCCUUCACCGAGGGCAGCUCGCUCUACGAUGUCGUGCUGCACGUAUCGGCUCGCCUGACCAACACCGGCGGACGAACGGCAAAGGAAGUCGCGCAGCUCUACGUUGCGCUGCCCGACAGUGCCGGCGCCGAGCAGCCACGCCACCUCCUGCGUGGGUUCCGCAAGGUGCAGCUCGAUGCCGGGCAGACAAAGACAGUCACCUUCAAGCUGCGUCGAAAGGACAUAAGCGUAUGGAACGUCGUGCAGCAGCAGUGGGCAGUGCCGACAGGACGCUUUCGCUUCUUUGUCCAGGGCUCAAGCGGACAGUGGGACGCGGGCCAAGGAGCAAAGGGCUCCUUCACGGUCUGAUCUGCCUCGGGCAUCGUCUCUGGCGGUCUGGAACCUGCUCCUGACCGGCUUCUGGCUAUCGCGCACCUCGAGUUCAUGACACUGUACUGUG